UCGUAAAGGAGCGCACCCCUCAACAUUAGCGGCAUCCAAUCAGCACCGACAAUGGUGGAGAAUGUAUGUGUUGUGUGGUAGCUGCUACGAGCAAGGCUAGGUAGGCAGUAUGGCGGAGGAGAGCAUUGCGAACGAGUUAGAGGGGGUAGAAAAUCAAUUACACAGUCUUUUAAGCCGCUGCUCAGGUGACGAAUUCCGAAUCGACAGUGAACUAUUCUGUUCUGACUUUUGCAAGCUGGUGGAGGAGUUUACCUCCCACUGGCAGGUGCCAUUGCCCCAGCUCAGGAUCCUCGAGAUAGCUCUCUGCUAUUUUGCUCAAGCCUCAACCUUGUUCUCAUCAAACUGUGAUCAUGUACACCGUACAGUCAGUAGACUGGCUUUGAGUGUUUUUGAGUUGCUGCUGUUCUUUGACCAGAAGGACUUUCACCAGGAGCCACUGAAACAUUUCACUGCCACAUUCCAUGAAUGCUAUUUGGUCCUUGCAAAGUAUCAUAAUGUUCCCCUACUUCAGAUGGAGAGCUUGGUUCAGGGCGGUGGGCCAUGGACUAGCCCAGCCUUACAGGCAAUUCUCAGCGAGUCCAGUUUACCUCAGAACGAAGUGGAUGAUUACGUCAGCUCUGAGCUACCGGUGUUCCUUGAGCUUAGGGUGCGUUACCUUUUAUCAUGUGGAUAUACCAAUGAGGCCAUGGCAUUGGCCCGAAGUUGCUUCCGGCAUCCCACUGCAGGAAAAAACCUGUUCAUCCUCCAGGUCUACCUCUCGUGGCUCUGCAGAUCCUCGCAGCAUGAACAGCUACGUAAAGAGGUGACUGGCAUUAAUGGUAAAGAUGCAGUACACAUCAUCUGUAGCUUGGAGUGUGAGGAAAAGGAUGAGUUUCUGUUAGCCCUCAGCUCAGCCUUCCUGUCAGAGCAGCUCCAACGGGGAGACAUGUACUGUUUGUGCGACCUUGUCCUCGUGUGGGCGAGUCUUCAUAGACGUCUGAGUACGACCAAGCAGACUCUUUUAAGGGAGUGCCAUCAGCUGAUGCAGUCAACCACAAAUGUCAAAUCAAUCUUCCCAUUCAUAAGAGCUAUACUUCAAGAGAUGGGUGAAGAGGGUAUCCAGUUCUGUGUGGAGCUCUGUGCUAACGCACUGCAGUCGUGUCUACCCUGCGACGUCCUCACUAAGUCCCUCAUCUACAAAACAAUUGCCGGCCUGCUGCCCGACGAUCUGGAAGUUUGCCGGGCCUGCGCUCUUCUUGUCUUCUUUUUGGAACAGACUGUUGAAUCCUAUAAGAUAGUGUACCUUCUCUACAUGCACCCUGACCAAGAGUAUCAAAUGGAUGACAGCCCAAUCAAAAAUAAUGUUCGCUUUGAAACCUUGCAGGUCCUGAAGAAGGAUCUCUACUUUGAUCCAGAGUUGUGGAACCUCAUUGCACUGCGGACCAACUGUUUGAAACUGAUGAGUGAAAAAGUGGUUAGUACAGCUCUUGAAGAAAUCAUGGAGGACAAAUGGAUUUCCAAGUAUUUCACCAAAGAGCCUACUCUCCCUUCAAGUCGAUCAGCCUGUCGCAGAGGAAAUAAAAGAGAACUUAAUGCUGCAGCUAAGAGGCGGCAUCAAAAGGAGGAGAGUGAGACAGCAUCCAAAAGGCUUAAGAUGGGCAUCGAUAGGAAACGGAAAAAUGAUCAUGCCGUAAGGAAGAAAGGCAACCAGGGUUUCAGGGAUUCCACCUCUGGACCUCUUAGACGCUCGUUUUGGCAACUGGACAGAAUACACAGCAAUGUAGCCCAAAGGUUUGACGAACAUAGACGCACCACAAGGCUCUCGGAGAAGAAUCCACCAAAGCGGAGGAUUAGAAAACCCAAGUGGCUCUUAGAAGAUUCAGGUACUCUUGAAGAAAAUGUUCCAGUGAAGAUCAAAAAGAAUGGAUUGAAACAAGCAAAGCACUUUCGAUCGCGCGUCAUGAAGCGAUCUGAAACGGGUCCAAUCAAAAACAAUUCAAAACUCAAACCUUUAGCAAACUCUCAUUUAAAGUCGAGGGAAAACGACAAGCACCGGAAUGGUUUUUCAGUGAACUCUCCUGUACCAUCCACCCCCCCGCAAAUCAUUCUGGAGCUUUCCCUACCGGACAAUGAACUGAUGGAUACUUUUACUGAAGAGGCAUGCAGCAGAAAAAGAGGUUUUCCUCAAGUGCUUCUUUACAAACCAAUGCUAAAGCUUCCUGAUAAUUCACAACCUGCUAAGACUGUGCACCGCAAAGAGGUGGUUCUCAGAGCACGGGAUGAAACCAUGUUUAUCCAACAGAUACACUGUUAUACUCGCAGACAGAAAGGAAAAGGCAGCGCGAUGAAUGUUCAAGGCUCCGUUUCAACAAUCACGCGUUCUUCUGUGCAAGGAAGCCCUCCGAAGGAUCAUUGUCAAAACACAAAACUCGAGGAGAAAGCUGGAGCCGUCUCUCAGACACGAGAAGCUGCUCCGUUAUCUAGAUUCUCAGACAAAAUCCUAAAAGCUCAAAAUACAAAGACUCUGUCGAGAAGAACGUCCUCUGCAAGAAGACUUUCGGAAAGGUCUGCCGCUGAGAUUAAAGUCGUGCCAAACGGGACCGAAGCAGACGAUGUGACAAAUUUCCCAGAUUCAAGUAGGAUCCCAGAAGCUAAACGUUUAGAAGUCACACAAAGCAGUACUUGUGCAAGAGAUGAUUCUGAAAACCUUUCUGCCGAGCAAUCGCAGAUUUUAGCAGCAGCAGAAGUGAACGAAGACGCGAAUUUGAACGAGCCCUCCGCUCCUCAAACUGUUCCGUUGGCUCGCGAGCCCCCGGAGGAGCCUGCCGUUGAGAUGAAAGUAACGAUUGCUUCACAGUCUUCAGUUUUAGAUAAAGUCUCAAAGAAUUCAGCGGUAGAAGACCUUUCUAAAGCCCAAGUUUCACAGACAGUCAGGACAAAGAGGAAAGCUUCAGGGGAAACCCAUCCAGCACCCAUAAAUGCCAACGUGUCCCACACAGAAUCUCCGGAUUUUAUUCCCUCGCACCCACAAGACUUUGUAUUCAGAAGUGGGGACCAACAACCCAAACCUCUGCCUACUCGGGGUGAAGACGGCAAAGGCGGUGACACAGUCAGAAGCAGCGAAUCCACAACGGAAGUCACAGAGAGUUUGCCUGAAAAUGCGAAAGGACAUUUGUCUUGCAAAAAUGAAACAAGCCCUACACAAAGUAAGCCAUCUGAAACAGAAAGCUCUCAUAUUCCUACUGAAGAGGGCGGUUUGUGUGACAUAUCUGCUCUGACGUUGGUGACAGAAAUGGUGACUGAACUUGCACCUGAGCAGCUUGCUCAGGAUCAAGAGAGCAGCAUGCUUCCAUCUGCAGGAAACAGUGUUUUCAAAGAUUUAAAAGGUGUAAGUAGCCCCAAAGGUCUUCCUAAAAUUCGGACUAUCUCUAGCUGCUCCACUCCUGAGGAGACAGACUCUUCGGUCAGCAGUCAGAGGACGAAAGGGAGGGCGAGAGCCCUAGAUAAUUCAGAUAUGCCUGAAAAUAGCGAACCUAUGGAAACUGUGCCGGAAACAGAGGAGUCCAAGUUGGAGUUCUGCUGUACCUUCUGCAACAAAGUCUUUAAAGGAAGUCGUGUUGUAGCACAUGCGAUGUUCCAUUUUCGUAAAGACGAGUGUAUGUUUUGUGGGGUGAUGUUCAGAGAUGACCUUUUGGCCAUGAUGCACAUGUCCGAUCAUAUUGAAAAGCUGAAGAGGAGCAAAGAGACUCAAACUUCUAACAAAGAGCACGAAGCCUCUGACUCCAAAGAUACCUGCACACAUAAAAACUCUGCCAAAGCAAAUACCACAAGUAUGACUCCCGGUUGCAGAAGUAGAGGGAAGCUUAGGAAAUCGGCUGUCUGUGCUGACACAAUGAGCACACCAGACGUGAGCCCAUCUGAAUCCAGAACAUUAAGAUCUAAGGACCGGGAAGGUAGUGCCACAUCUUUACGUGAAAAACAAAAUCCAGCCAAGGCCAAAACUGCUGCACGCAGGGUGAAUGGUCACAUUGGCAAAAAAGAAUCAGCAAAACAGAAAAAAGAUUCGAACACUAAGCAGGAAACUCAACAGCAGGAUUUGAGAGACAGUAAAGAUGUAGAGAUGAACUCUUCCCCAUCAGUGCCGGCAGACAAAAGCUUUGUCUGUUCCAAAGACGACGCAAAGAAAAAGACUGGAUCUCAACACAGUCUGAAAACGGCCUCAAAACAAAAAGAGGGAGAAGCUGCGGAGCCACAGGAGAGUGUUUCCUGCCCAUUGGAUGGAUGCUCUUGGUUUAAAGACCUGUCGAAGAACAGAGUGGCUCUCUUGUACCACGCUCUUGACGAUCACUACGGUGAAGUCGAGCCUCUAGAACUGGCAUUCCGUGUGGGAAACAGUAAAUGCAGUAUUUGUAUGAGAGUUUUGAUGAGCUUCGAACACUUCCAGCACCACGUUGAACGACACAGACUCACGCCACGCCAUCCUUGUCUUCACCGGGGGUGUACGGCCAGGUUCAAAACCGGAAUGGAAAUGAGACGCCACUCCAGGAAGCAUAGCCCGCUGCAGGCCACGUGUUGCCUUCCUGGUUGUUCCCAGCUGUUUAUUUGUCUUUGGGCACUUAACCUUCACGAAAGGGACCACUAUACCUCCAAGUCUGCUCAACCCGACGACAACACGGACAUACAGGCAGGUGAGAAAUCUUGUAAAACCCCAGUUGGGAAGAAUCGGCAGAGUUCGGAGGACUUUAGUGUGCCCACAGCUGAGGAAAGGACUGAGGGAGCAAAGGCUGCAUGCCGGUUCAAAAAUCAAAGGCGGCUGAGAAAAAAAGUCAUGGCUCCUCUCUCAGCAUACACAUUUCUCAUUAAAAAGGAGCCGAAAGGGAGAGCUACGAGCACGGAUUCACACAAGGUAAAGAAUGUGUCUAAAAAGGACAAAUUUUCACAACCUGCCGUUUCUAAUGUUGAAUCAAGGCAAGCCUUAAGGAAAGCCCAAGUAAAGAAUCCAACUCCAGCUGCUAUCGGGGCGCAUAGAGUUAUUUCGUCCACGUUGCAGAAACACAACAGAAGAAAGGAUCAAAACCUGAAGCAAAAGCAGUCCAAAGGGCACAUGAAAGGUUUAAAAAGAAAAGGCCGCCCCCCAAAGUUGAACAGACCUGGGCAUGAUGAGAACACAUCUGAUCAAAAGCGUCCUCCUUCAGAAAUCAAGAUUGUGACAACAAGUAACAAGAUAAAAGUGGAAAAAGAGAAGACUCUGCAGCUCAAAGAUGAAAGCAAAUCAACCACCAAAUCAAAGGAUGAGUCAGAGACUAAGAUCCCAGAGGGCAGGCAGAUUACAAAGAAUCAAGAACAAAAUGUACCUUCACCUACCAGAUUCAAACCAUCAAGACCGUCAGAACUUAAAACACAGAAGAAAAAUAGCAAAACAGAGAUGAGACUGCAUAAGAAAAAAAAUCAUCACAUGCCUUCAGACAGCCGCAAGCCCGCGAAGCACAAGGAAAAGAGCAAAAAGGCCACAAGGAAAGAACGUCAUAAGCAGGAAUCAUCUGCAGAGCAACAAGUUGAGACCAGAGGAGCAGAGAUGGAAGGUUUAGAUGACGGGAAGUCUGAAAGGGAAAACACCAGUUCAACCCAAAGUGAUUCAGGUAACUGUGCGCUCUCCAUCCCGCCUGAGGUUUCAGACGUGCCACCCACCCCAGAGAAAACGGACCAGGAGCCCAUCGACGCAAAAGAAGGGAAGGAUCGGGCUGGCAAGGCGAAGACGUCCAAAAAGUCGGCUCAGCUGCAACCUGAGGAUGAGGCCACAGAAGAGAGUGUUGCUGGUGCAGAGGAAAGGGCAAGCAAAGGGCUCCUCGCCUCGGCUGCGUCCACGCCAGCAGACAUUUUAAACUGUGCUUCCAUCAGCCCGGAAGACAACAAGCGGGAGGUACAUCAAAAGGAGAAAUCCAGAGUAACCAAGGCGGCAGAAGUUGGUGAGACAACUAAGAAGCUCAAAGAUAAAACAAAAAAGGCUGUAAAAAAGAAACAACAAGACCACCAGUCAUCGCUGACCAAUCCUGUAAAGUCUGCUGACGUCCAGCCAGAACCAGAGAAGGGCUCUGCAGGGGCAGGAGCUCCAGCAGAGGCGGCGCCGUCGGAAACUGCUGGCUGCUCUCUGACGGUCAACGGACAGGAACCAGGAGAAGACCCGACCUCCAAGGAUUCCGCCGCGGAGUACAGGAAGAGGCCGUAUAUGCGUCCGCCGCCCACGGCCUAUCUGGACGAGAAGUUCAUCACCAUGCCAAAGCGGAGGAAGGAGACGGCGGCGUCUUUGCCUUCACAUGGCGGCGCCCCUCCUGGCCAGGCGUGUGCGGCAGAGGCUCUGCAGAGGCGGCGCUGCGCAAAGUGCUUUGCUACUUUCAGCUGUGCUGAGGAGCUGCAAAGCCAUCUCCAGCUCCAGAAGUGCUCCAACCUGUUUGGAUUCGACUCUGACGACGAGGGCAACGGUUGAAGUUCUUUAAUCAAAUGAAGUGAGCGUUUGGAUGCCGGGCAAACGGCCUGUGGAUGGAUCUUACCUCAGCACAUCUCUGGAUCGCUUGUUCAUUUCUGCGGGCAAAAAUGUGGAUCUGCACCUGCAGACAACUGACAGUAACCAGACUUUUGCUGCAGUCUCUGCCUGUCCGAGGCUCUCGAGUGAGGAGAACGCACGACACGUUCCUCCCUUGUGACAGAAAAGACCCUUACUGAACUGAACUGGUGGGUUAGUUUGAGGGACAGCUAAUACUGAAGUGCCUGCUCUGGAAGCACCGUGUUGUUUUCCAGCUGCUUCAACUGCUCUGGUGACCAAGCGUGGUGGCUUACAAACUGGACUGCUGAAAACUGUGAGGAAACAAACUGACACAAGGCUUCAUAUCGUUCACAACAGUAAGCCAUACAAUGACAUUGUUAGCUUUUUGCACUCUUCACAUGAGACCUUUGAGUUGAUUUAUACUGGAGCUUUAGGGAUGUAGAAUGAAAGAGGCAUAGAAAUGUUCAUGUUUUAUCAUGACUUUAUAAAGUUGCUGUAUCAGAAAGAGUUUUUAAAUGUAUAAUGAUCGUUUGAAUACUAAUUUUAUUUCUUAUUUAAAACAAUCCUCACGGGUCUCAUUAGCUCUGUUCCGUUUGGCACAAUAAGUAACCAGUAGGGGUCAGCGUGCACCAACUUAAAUUCUCUCCCUUUUCCUGUUUGCAGAAUGCAGGUGGAUAACAGUUUGGUUUUUACUCAUGAGGAUGCUCUCCGCUCCUCAUUUAUUCCUGCAGUGUUGAUGCAGUUUACAGCUAAGUUCAGUUAGCAAUAAGUUUAAACCCGAACAUUUGCCGGUGUCCCACUCUUUUUGUCAUUGUGUUUAUCAUUCAGCAACAAUGGAUCCUUUGCUGACAACUGGCUGAUAUUAUGUUUUCAAGAUUUUAAGCUGAAUAUUUAUAAGUAUUUGGGUGAAUGUUCUCUUUCAGGAUUUUGUUUUGAUUUAAGCAGAAACGGAUGCGGUGAUCGUAAGCCACCACAGGUAUGCGUUACGGGGCGGCCGCACGUGUCUUUCAGGGGCAGCAGGUUUUAUUUAUUAUGUUUCUUCUUCUUUUUCCUUUUUUGUUGUAAAUAUUUCAAGAGUUUCGGUGACUUACUGUAUAAAGGGGGACAUUGGAGUUGGGUUUAUAUUUUGUUCUUGAAGAAAAAAAAUAAAAUGAUUC